UCAUCGUCUGACACAACGGUCGACAGACGUGGGACAGCACAGGAGCGCAGCUGCGGAAUGUGAAGCGCAUGUUUGUGUGCUUACGUGUGAUAGAGGAAUUGAUUUGUUUCGACGUAGAGGGAAGGGCUGUCCUCAGCCUCGCUGCCGUGCAGGCCCGCAUACAGUUCCUUGUCCAGAGGCCCAGUGCGUCGUAUGUCUCGCUCCUCCUGAGACCCACUCCCCGUCUCCUCCUCUGUUUUUGACGACACACAAACGGAGACAUCACAUUCACCAAUGCACUCAUCCCGUCCGUUGCCUGUUCUCUUGCUCGUCCGCGUGCGUGCCUGCCGUGUAUGUGUGCCUCUUGUGUCCUUGAAGCGUUCGUAGAUGUCUCCCAACUCUUGCUCGGGCGUGGCAUCGACUGUGGAGAAGCUGGUGACGGUGACCUCGCUGGUUCGGACAAAAAUCCUCUCGCUCCAUAUUGCCUUGAUCGCGUUUGCUGCCAAAACCCACAUCAAGAGGCAAAUUUGUGGGUGAAGCCACAGGUUCAUGAAAUUUCAGUGGCUCUCACCUCGCCUUGUCCGCCAACCAACUCCCAGUUGUUUUCGUCUGCUGUGAGGAUAUGUGAGGAAAGCAGGGUCGGGCAAGCUGUCCCCAGGCCUGCGGCACAU